UUCCCCCCCUCUCCAAAAGUCAGCGCCUACUUUUGUCUUCUUCUCUGUCUCUUCCUCUGCUUCCUCAACAAUUUCCUACAGAGAAGUCAGAGGCCAUGGCGGAUGAUUGGGAUCUAUAUGCGGUGGUGAGAAGCUGCGCCACCACCACCACUUCCGCCACUUGCAGCAGCUCCGCUGUUACCCGAUCGGAUUUGCAUCCUCUCUCUGGGGUUUCUCCUCUUUUUUCAUUUCCUGAUCCUUUUGAAGCUAGAAAUGUGGUGGAGGAGCUGCAUCAGCUUUACAAGCCUUUCUUCCCCAAAUCUCAGCCUCUUUCUCCGGAAAGCACACCCAUUUCUUCAAUUUCUUCUCUUUUUGGGUCAAAAGAUGAACUGGAGAUAAAACAGCAGCAGCCGCAGCAACAGCAGCAUCAGCAUCAGCCCAAGCAGUCCCGAGCUGUCUCUUUGAUUGGCACGGCUAAUACCAGUACCAGCAAUUCUACUCCUAAUUCCAAUUCCUCUCGAUCCAAAAGAAGAAAGAACCAGAUGAAAAGGGUUUGCCAAGUUCCGGAGGAAGGUCUUUCUUCAGACGUGUGGGCAUGGCGGAAAUAUGGCCAAAAACCCAUCAAAGGCUCCCCUUUUCCAAGAGGAUAUUACAGAUGCAGCAGCUCAAAGGGAUGUUUGGCCCGGAAACAGGUGGAGAGAAACAGAUCCGAUCCGUCUAUGUUCAUAGUCACAUACACAGCAGAGCAUAACCACCCUGCUCCGACGCACCGGAACUCACUCGCCGGAAGCACGAGGCAAAAGCCCUUCACCACUCAAUCGAUCACUACUGCCUCUGAUUCCCCCAAGCCUUCCCCUGCCAAACCCACCACCAGUUCUUCUACGGCUACCUCCGUGGACGAUGAACUUGUUCCCCAGAGCACAAGAACGGAGGAGAGCAGAGAGGAUGUGGUGGAAGAUGAGGAAGAAGAUGAUUUGGGGAUAUCAGAUAUGGCGGUCAGUGAUGAUUUCUUUGAGGGUUUAGACGAACUCACUGGUCCCGUCCCAGGAGACUGCUUCUCUGAUCACUUUCCGGCCAAUUUUGGCCUUCCUUGGAUUGCCAACAGUGCUGCCACUGCCGCCGGCGGCAUAUAAAAAUCAACGGAAAAGCUGCUUUGAGGGGUUUUGCUCCUUUUCUUGUUAUGUAUAUGUAAUAGACUUUUUGAAGAAGUGAAUUACUGUUCCUUUUGGGCAGAUUCUUUUAGCAAUUUCUGUAGAGGAAAUGAGUAGUUCUUUCCUUAGAAAGAGGAACUAGUCACAAAGCUAGUACUGAUUUUGGUUUUAGUCAUUUUCUUGUGGUUAAAUGCCGAUUGUAGUUUCAAACUUUUAAUAUUAAAUAAUUUUAGUUUUU